CUCACUCUCUAUUUUUUUUCAGAUCGCAUCUCCUUCCGCCGCAGUCUCCGGCAGGCAGGAGCAGGGACCAGCAGCGGAGCUCGCUGUCUGCAGCACUGGCACUGCACCUUCUCCCCAGCCCGACAGGAGUCCUACUUCUGCACAUCGAGGAUAAUUCCGUUUGGCUCUAAAUUGCGUUUUUCGCCCCCUACGCGUCCCUGAUGUGAGCGGGGUAGCCAAGAGUCCUGGGAAUUGCAGAAGAAGAGGAACAAAGCGAAACAAUGGGAGCGUUUGGAGUGAUCCUGGGGAUUUUACAUUACAUAGGAAUCUACAUCCAACUUAGCGCCUCGGCGAAAUCAGGUGGACACCCGGACGCGCCGAAUCACAUCUCCGACAACGCCCUCUUCACCGAGGUACCUCAUGACAUCACGGCGCAAACAGGAGAGGAUGUUGAAAUGGCCUGUUCGUUUAUAGGCAGCGGCUCCCCCUCGUACUCCCUUGAGAUCCAGUGGUGGUACAUCAGAAACCAUAAAGAGUGGACAGAAAAGCAGUCCUGGACCUCCAACCAGAUAAUUCCAGAAGAAGACAUUUCCAGAGAUGCUACCAAAAUCAGCGUUGUGAAGGUGGCCGGCAGCAACAUCUCCCACAAGCUGCGUCUGUCCAGCGUGAAACCUUCCGACGAGGGAACCUACGAGUGCCGCGUGAUUGACUUCAGCGACAGCAAAGCCAGACACCACAAAGUGCGUGCCUACCUGCAGGUGGAGCCAAGCCGAACCUCCGAGGGGGCCGCUGCCCUACACCUGCAAGAAAUUCAAGCACGGGAGAACUCAGCCGCCGACCGCAGCAAACAGCUGGUGGCACACAGCCACCAAAAAGGGGACAGGGAACUGAAGAAGAGAUCGGUGGAGGGGCACUACGACAGUGACUGCAGUGACUAAAGACCCCCCCACCCCUGCUACACAUCAGGCUGGCUGGUCUGCCAGCCAAGUCAGCCACCCCAGUCUUGUAAAUUGUAUAAAAGAGUGCAUGUUUAACAAGGUCUUUCUAAAAAUGUUUGUCGUUUGUCAGUGAAGGAGUCGCGCCACCAACCAUCGGGACUUUAUACAGAAGCAAAGUGGGACAGACAUCACGCUGUUAGGUCACCUCACCUGAGAUCUCUCAUUACUCGCCGUGGAGCAAAUCAAACUUGUCAUGUUAUGUUGCACCCUUGCAGUAUUUUUAUGACACUACCAGUGCAAAGAAAGAAAAAAAAAAAAAGUGUUUUUGUUCUGGAGGCACCACCUAGUGGUACAACGCAAAUCUGAUUUACCGUGAACGGCCGCAAGUGUCAGGACAAACAAUUAGUUAUUAAAAUCGGAUAAAAAAAAAAAAUACAU